AUGCCAGCAAAUACAAUAAACGAUGCGACGCAGACCGCAUCGCCUUCCGAGGCUCAGCUCGGUCCGCCUGCCACCAUCGAGUUUGCAAUGGGCGGCAAGCGGCCGGUGCGCUACAAUCGCAUGGCUCGCAGCGGUGAUUCGGAUGCCGCCGUCCUGGGCAAAGGCGGCUUCGGUUGCGUCUACCGCUACGCCAUCGAUACCUCGUUCACGCCGCCUUCCUCGAUGGAUCUCUCGCUCUCUCUGAGGUCUGCUACUGCACGUCGCCAUGCGUCUGCCUUGGGUUCAUCCCCCUCUUCGCACUUCCAGGACGGCCACUCUCCUUCGCGCACUCAGGGUUGCGAGGACGUCGCGGCUACCAACUCUUUCCUCCGACCUGCCUCGCUUGUCGCCGUCAAGCUCUGCCGCACGCCUUGUUCCGGCUCCUUCGACGAGUUGCAAAAGACGAGCUUAGUGGACAAGAGGACCCGACGUGCCGACCUGCAAGACGACUCCAAGGCUCACGUCCGCAUCGUCAGGGGCGAAGGACGCAUCUUUCAAUACCUCCAAGCAGCGCUGCUAGCAUCUGGCCGCUCUGACGAACCUCCACUCGUCAAGCUGCUCGCUAACCUCUCUCCCAACGGAACCAGCCGAGACAAUGAGCAUGAUGCCAUGGACAUCUCCCUGGAUGAGGAAGAUGGCCCUCCAACGAGACUGCUGGUAUUCGAAAAGCUUAUCGAGAUCGAUGCUGAACGCACAUCACAAGGCUGGAUCAAGUCGAAUGCUACCUGGACCCAAGAGCGUGUCGAAAAGGCGGCUUUGGAGGUGAUGCAGGGGUUGCAGUUCCUUCACGAGCACAACGUGACGCAUGGCGACUUGAAGCCUUCCAACCUCAUGCUCGAUCCUCGUACUGGUGUCGUCAAGAUCAUCGACCUCGGCGCCAGUCGCCGAUUCGUCAAGCUACCGAACAAGGAGCGCAACAAUCGGUCCGCCGUCGAGGAGCAAGAUCGUCAGCGGCUGGCAAACGGCCAGCCUAUGACUCGGCUCGCCCCGGAGUUCUGUGAAGGGCUUGGAUCUCUCACUGGCUCGCCCUACUACAUGGCACCCGAGAUUCUGCUUCAAGCGACGAGGUAUAUUGACGUUUCUGGACGCGCUCGGUCAGUGCUGGAAGACUACGAGUACGACUUUGCGAGCUUCCUCCCUCGAGAGCAGUGGAGCAUAUAUCAUAUCGGUCUGAGCGAUCUGCGACGAGGAUGGGGAAUCUGUGCCGACAUUUGGAGCUGGGCUUGCACGGUACAGGCACUGUUGCUCAAGACAGUGGACGAGGACCAGCGGCCCAGCAGCAGCACCAUCUCGCCGUACGACUUUUCCUUUUCGCGACACCGUGACGAGAUGAUUGAUCCGCUGUACGAAAAGUCGCCUGGUGUGGAUGAUGUUCCGCGAUUCCACCAAUGGUGCCGCGUGCUGCCUUUGCUCAUUGUGCGUAUCGCUCUCGAGCCGGUACCGUUGACGCCUCAAGCCGAUGGUUGUUCCCCUGCGUUGCGAUCUGCGCUCAAAGGAUCGCUCCGCCAUCAGGAUCUCAGACCAACGGCAGACGAAGUGGUGCAGAUGCUCCAGGCAUCGAGACCGUAUUCACGGGCGUCUUUUGCUCCAGUAGCUCAUUCAAGUGGACGCUCGUACUCGGCGACAAGCAACGCUAGUCCACACCCAUCGACUGUCGAUAAGGCUCGACGACAUUCUCAGCUUGGGCCAGCAGCAAGUGACAAGUCAGCCUCGCCAGGGUUGCUGGGCCCAGAGUUGGAAUGCUCGCGCUACACGACUCCGCCGUUGUCGCAGGGGGCUUCGAGCAUCAGCAGCGCGCAGCCCACCUGUGAGAUAGCUGCUAGAACGGGCUGCCAGGGUGAGACGGCGGAUCUCAAUCGCAAGGUGCGUUUCGAUACGAGCUCAGCGGAUUCGAGCUUUUACCCAGCGCCACUGGCGGAGAGCCACCUGAGCAGCGAGAGGGACAUGGGAGCGGGCGAUGCGAUGCCGCGGGGGUUUGAGCUCGUAAGCCCGGCUCGGACAGAGAGGAUACGUGCAAGCACUCUGCGUGCAGCGACUCGACCCUCAACGGCUGGGGCUGCACUAGAAACUUCGGGAUCGUCGCUUAGAGAUGCGCGCUCGGUGCACACAGAGCUGAUGGCGGGCGCUGCGAUAUCGAGGCCGCAUCCCUCGACUCCUACAAGCGCUGCCGGAGAUAGGUUGCCUGUGCGAGCGAGGACGGAUCCGCGCAAAAUUGGAGCUGACUCUGGCCGCAGCCGUGCUGGUCUGCCUUUGUCGCAAGGACGUAGCUCUGUCCACAAGCAGCGAGACGGUGAUUCCAAAGAGGCGGUCUACGACGGCCUUGGCAUCUGCUGGCCGAUGGAAAGUAUGCGUACUCUGCGGCUGGACGAAGCUGGAGGUUCGCGUCAAAUGCCGCCCGGGGUAAGCGCGAGCGUUCCGUCGAGCCCCGUGUCCCAUGUGCGAGGAGCAUCGAUGCCUCUGCUUGCGUCGACGAGCGAGCAAAGAAGCGGAGCGGGUGCAGGCUCGACUCGGCGAGCAGGGGUUGAGGACAUUGGCGGAUCGCCAAGAUGCAUCGUUGGAGAGAGCAAGAGCAGCAAGUCGGGCAGCUUGAUGGCGACGCUCAAGGAGAAGCAGGUGCGGCUCAAGCAGAGCUCGAAGAAGCUGAUGGGCAAGCGUGGAAGCGGUGCUCGUAGCAUCAAUGAGGACGAAAACAGUUUUAGUCACAGAGGUGGAGACCGAGACGUCAAUGCCGUGUACAUGUCGGGUCGCGAGGCCGUGGUGGAUCAAGGUGUGGAUCCGUAUCCGAUGUCGUCCAUGAUGCAAAGUGCCACGAGCCACUUGCCGCUGACACCGGUGGUGUCUAUGCCGUUGCGAGCCACCUCUCCUAGUACCAGCUACGGACACCAAGGUACAGGCACGAUGAGCCGCCGGUCUACGCACCGAACAGCAGGAGGCGAGGAGGAAUCGCCGUCCAAGCCCUUGCUGCGUCGGCUGCUGACGUGGAGCACGGCGUCAUAG